GAUGAUGGAGGUCGAAGUGGGACAUCACAGUGUGUUGUUGACACGCGUCGAGGGCGUAUACAGUGCCAUUGGUAACCAGUGUACACACUACGGCGCUCCGCUCAGCAAAGGGGUUAUUUCAGAUCACAGAGUGCGCUGCCCGUGGCAUGGCUCCUGUUUCAAUGUCCAUACAGGAGAUCUGGAGGAGUACCCUGGCAUGGACUGUUUACCCUGCCACAAGGUCAAAAUUCAAAACAGCAAAGUGUAUGUGUCUGUAAACAAAAAGACUCUCAGGCAGGAAAAAAGAAUAAAGAGAAUGGGAGCUGCACUACCAGGAGGUACUCACACUGUUCUGCUGCUGGGAGGAGGGGCCGCGUCACUGAUCUGCGCUGAGACUCUUCGGCAGGAAUCCUUCGGUGGCAGAAUCAUCAUGGUCACCAGGGACGACCUUCUACCUUACGACAAAACCCGACUCAGCAAGGUAAUGAAUGUGGAGAGUGACAGUAUUCUGCUGAGGAAGAUGGAGUUUUUCCAUCAGUACGACAUUGAGGUGUGGCUCAGGAAAGAAGCGCUGUCAGUGGACACAGACAAGAAGACAGUCACAUUUGAUGAUGGUUCAGUCCAGAGAUACGACCAGCUCCUCGUCUCAACGGGCUGCAGAGCCAAGGGUCUGGACGUGCCCGGGAUGAAGCUGGACAAUGUCAAGAUGUUGGAGACACCGGAGGACGCCCGGCAAAUCCAUGCGGCCUGUCUGGGCUGCAACGUCGUCCUCGUGGGAACCUCUUUUGUUGGCAUGGAAGUUGCAUCUUAUUUGAUAGACAAAGCCUCCAGUAUCACAGUGAUUGGGAGCAGUGAGCUGCCGUACCAGAACACACUGGGUCCUGAAAUUGGCAAAGUCACCAUGAUGAUACUGUCAGAGAAAAAUGUGAGAUUCUACAUGAAUGAUAAUGUGACAGAGGUCAAAGGUGUGGAUGGCAAGGUGAAGGAGGUUGUGCUUAAAAGUGGAAAAGUUAUCCCAGCUGAUGUUUUGAUUGUUGGUAUCGGCAUCAUCCCAAACUCAGAGUUCCUGCGGGGCAGUAAGAUACAGCUGGAUUCAAGAAACUUUGUACUAGUCGACAAGUACAUGCGCACUAAUGUCCCCGAUGUGUUCUGUGGGGGCGACCUGGCCACCUUCCCCCUGGCAAUGGCCAAUGAUCGGCUAGUGAACAUUGGACACUGGCAGAUGGCACAAGCACAUGGGAGGAUAGCAGCUCUUAACAUGCUGAAUAAACCGACUGAACUCAACUCAGUUCCUUUCUACUGGACCGUCCUACUGGGUAAAACCAUCCGAUAUGCAGGCUAUGGGGAGGGAUACACUGAGAUUGUGAUGAAAGGAAACUUUGAGGAGAGGAAGUUCUUGGCAUUGUACAUCAAGAAUGAUGAAGUUAUAGCGGCAGCGAGCCUAAACUACGACCCAGCAGCGUCUGCAGUAGCUGAGAGGUUCGCAACAGGAAAACUCAUCACAAAGAAAGAGGCUCAAUCAGACGACCUGAGCUGGCUGCAGUUGUCCUGAUCCACACCUUUUCUCUCCCCACUUGUCCUCUCAUCACAUCGUCUGAACAGUGUUGGCGCGAAGCCAGAAUGUCCUCCGGCCGCCGCCCUCACCGGGGACAAAGAGCUCGGAGACGUCGAAGGGGGGGGGAAAUGUUUGCUGCUCGGAAGAGGCAGACUUCACCGGCGGCGUCGAAAAGCGGCGGCCGCUGCGAAGUUUUUAUUUACGGUUCGGUGUUUCGAUGCAGGUCGCGUGAAAGUACUGGAUUUAAAUCGUACGUCUCACAGUCGGUGUUCAUGUGAGGGGGACUCCACCACGCAAACAACAGAUACCUCAGAUGGAUGCAUCUUUUGGGACUUCUUUUUUUUUUAAACAUUUUGUAUGAUUUCAUUAGAUCUUCUUUCUAUUUUAGUUUAUGGCUUUGUGUCUCCAGAGGUAUUUCGGUAGCAGUCGAGAGGCAUCCCAUUUGAGAUGCCUCAGUACGUUCCCUGCUGUUUAAUAUCUAAAAAAAAAAAAAAAAAAAAGGCGGAGUGAGCGGCCUUUUACUUGGAUGGGGCUGCUGGAAAAACACAAGUGACCUUAGUGCCCAUUGCGGCCGUGUACGUGGUCCGGUCAAUGAGUCGGAGGGAGGGGGAUUAGGGGAACAGAGGUGGGGGUGUUCAGCUCUUUGAAACAGAGAUGCUGAAACAGGCAGCGGUAACAAAACACACCAACGGCGAACAAUAAGCCUUCGCCAAACAGCGCACAAAGGCAGGGGGACAGGACCUUCACAAAAGAAAUGCUGCGGUUUUCCUCUCUCUCCCCCUCGGUCUCUCUGCUGGUUUGUCGCUGUCUUAACUUGACACACCUCAACAAUUACUUUUAGCUUCACUCUCGGCGGCAUGCCUCAUGUUCACCGUAUCCACGGUUCAACUAGUGCAGACUUUAUCAAGGCCACUACCAAGUUAUAAUAUUUUAGGAUCGAAGGUGCCAAUGGCUUAUAUUAUGUAUAUAUAUAUUUUAUGUAGCAUAUUUGGAACUUUUAUUUAUUUAUUUUGCCAGGGUAUGGAAAGAAUUCAUUGUUGUUUUUUUUCUUUUCACAGGGAAGAUUUAACAGUAUUUAGAUCAUGAUAUGUCAUAUAUAUUGUCAUAUAUUAUAUUUUUUUUCUUGAUAAUCAAUUGAGAAAUAGUUAAAAGCAAAUGGAAAAGAUAACCAGAGACUUUAAAAAAAAAAAAAAUUCAUCAAGGUUCUUCAACAAAUUAAUGCAAAAACUGUCAAUUAAAUUGUUAAGGUCACAGAUCAUUAAGGAUAAAUUAGGCACAUUUCAUUGCACAACCUGUCUUCCACCCUGGAAGCUAAUUGUAAAAUAAUUUUCAUCUUUCUGCUUGUCUUACUGGCAGAAGGCAACACUGCCCUGAUACUCCUGCAACCUCACAUCUCUCUGAGAAUUGCAUUUACAGCAUUGUACUGUCAAGUGACAUCCUCAAAAGUUUAAUUUAUAUACCGUGGAAAAGGCUUUAAGCCUUACUUUGCACCGAAACACGUUGUGACAGUGAGUAAUUGGACAUAUUAUGAAUUGUUCAGGGAAGGAAAAAAAUAUCAGUUUUGUUCUCCUGAGGAGUUUAAGUGAAAGAUGUACUUUAGCUCCCACAAGAUUAAGAACAAUCCUGAACAUCAGUCCUCUUGUUCAACAACUUUGUUAAGCAAAGUGAACCGUGGUGCCUAUACAGAAAUAACAGGGAUGUACUUGUAAUUCAAACUUCUUGUCCUGUGUUUCGCUUUGUUCAUGCAUAAAAAAAAAAACCAACAAAAAAACAAAAAACCCCAUCACAGUCACAACAGUAUCGUCUCCUUUGCAUUCAUUGACUCAUGAGUGCUGGAGCUUCUGAUUCACUCAGGGAACACAUGACUUUUCUGCCACCUAUCGUCCAGCAGUGGCAGUGUUUGUAAGAUUUACUUCAAACCAUGUGUCCCUCUUUGUAAAUUCUUUUUGUAUGUUACUUCAUUUGCAGGAGGCGAGCUACACCAACAUCAUCGCGGCAAUCAAACUAAAACUUGAAACAUUACUGACACGUCACUGCUAGCCGCCAUUCAGUGAGGACCUCAGACUGCAUACUGGAUUUUAGUCUUUUCGAAGAUGUAGCUCUUCUAAUUUGUCUUUUAUAGAUACCAGUCUAGAGCAGCAAGGAAAGAGCAGAGUGAGAGAAAAGCAUAUUAGAUCACUG